GCAGAAUAUUUUUUCAAGUAACUGUUGCUAGCUAGAUGAUGUCAUCACACAUUGGAUCGAGCUAGCUAGCAGGCUACAUAACGUUUGUUGUGAGUACUGUACUUGGCUCCACGCAUACAGUACGUGCGGGUUCAUCGUCUGCUAACUUACUAGUAGUACUGCUGGAAGUCCAGUGUCCUGGCUCUUGAUUUUUUCCGAACGAAUCUGAACUGAGACGAGCGGCUGGAUGCAGAUGAUUGGUCCACAAGAAAGCGAAGAAUUACUGAAGAAUGAAGUACAAUCAUUUCAGCAAUCCUCUUCUUCAUCCUCAGUCCUCUUGUCCACGACUGAUCAUAUUUGUAGUUUGAUCUGGAACACGAGUGACCUAAAACCUCUGGACAGUUCCUGACUGGACUGCUGUUAUCUCUGCAUUCUCGCCUUCCCCGUGAUUUCAUCUCCACAGCAUACCCUUGAAAUAAAGGGUCAACUUUUUGGGAUAAACAUUACACACUUUCUGGGAUAUAGGAAAGUGUGUAAUAUCUCUGGGAUAUAGGCCUACACUACAGUUGAGAUCUUCUCUGUGAGCAGACUAGGCCUAUACAUUUUUCCUUGUCUCGUGAUAUUGUGGUGUUAUACCUUUGGUGAGACACUAUGGAGUGGAAUAUGGAGUACUGUAUGGAGCAGGUUAUGCAGAAGGACCUGGGUCGGAGACUACAGGUGGGCCAAGACAUCAUAGACUCCAUCCUGGACAAGGACAAGUCCCAGGACCUGGAGCAGGACCAGACCAUGCUGGACAGAAUGGUGGAUGGUGUCGCUACCAACUGGGUCAACUCCAGCAAUUUCAAGGUGGCUUUGUUGGGAAUGGACAUACUGACAGCUUUAGUAACAAGACUACAGGAACGGUUUAGGACACAGAUUGGAACUGUUUUGCCGAGUUUGAUAGAUCGACUAGGCGACUCAAAGGACCAAGUCAGAGACCAGGACCAAGCUCUUCUGCUAAAGAUCAUGGACCAAGCUGCUAACCCACAGUAUGUAUGGGACCGAAUGUUAGGAGGAUUCAAACACAAGAACAACAGGACCAGGGAGAGUGUCUGCAUUUGCCUUAUCGCCACGUUAAAUGUAUAUGGAGCUCAAGGCUUGACCCUCAGCAAAAUUGUCCCCCACAUAUGUAAUCUUUUAGGAGACCCUACAAGCCAGGUGCGAGACGGGGCCAUGAACUGUCUUGUUGAAAUCUACAGACACGUCGGGGAGAGGGUGCGGAUGGACCUGGGGAAAAAAGGACUGCCACAGUCACGGUUGAAUGUCAUUUUCAGUAAAUUUGAUGAAGUUCAAAGAACAGGGAACAUGAUCCUGUCCCCUGUCUCAGAUAAGAACUAUGAUGAUGAUGAUUCGGUGGACGGGGGGCGGUCCUCCUCUUCUAAGGGCCCCUCGUCAGGGAAGAAGGCAGUGAGCAUGGGGUCGUUCCGUAGGCCCAGCUCUGCUUCCAGCACCAAAUCAACAGGGAGAGAUGGUCCUAGUGCGGCUGCUGCAGGGGCUGUGGAUGAGGAGGACUUCAUCCGUGCCUUCGAGGAAGUGUCCACUAUGGAACUUUUCUCUAACAGGGAAAUGGAGGACGCCAUGACCAAGAUCAGAGAGGUGCUGGCCGACGACAAACGAGACUGGGAGCACAGAGUCACUGCGUUGAAGAAGAUGCGUUCUCUGCUCCUGGCGGGAGCGGUGGACUUUGACGGUUUCUCCCAGCAGCUGCGUCUCACGGAGGCAGCCUUCAAGAUGUCCGCUAAAGACCUGCGCUCUCAGGUGGUCAGAGAGGCCUGUAUCACUCUGGGCCACCUGUCCUACAUCCUGGGGAACAGGUUUGACCACUGUGCAGAGUCCAUCAUGCCCACUCUCCUAACCCUGGUCUCUAACUCGGCCAAGGUCAUGGCCACAUCCGGCAUCGCUGUCAUACGACUCAUCAUCAGGCAUACACACUACCCUCGUCUCAUUCCUAUCGUGACCAGCAGCUGUCUGUCGAAAUCUGUGGCCGUAAGAAGGCGCUGUUUUGAGUUUUUGGACCUCUUGCUGCAGGAGUGGCAGACCAACUCUCUAGAGAGGAAUGUAGCUGUUCUGACAGAGACCAUCAAGAAAGGAGUCCAUGAUGCAGACUCCGAGGCCCGAUCAGUGGCCAGGAAGUGCUACUGGACGUUCCACGGCCACUUCAGCCGGGAGGCGGAGCAGCUGUUCCAGGCUCUAGAGUCGUCCUAUCAGAAGGCUCUCCAGUCCCACAUGAAGAGUUCUGACAGCAUCCUGUCCCUCCCUGCCUCAGACCGCUCCUCCUCCUCCUCACAGGAGAGCCUCAACCGCCCUCAGUCUGCGAAGAGCUCCAUGGGAAACACCGUGACCAGGACGAAAGCGGCUCCCUCCAGAGGUCCCUCCACCCCGGGCUCUCUCCAGCGUUCCCGUAGCGACGUGGACGUGAACGCUGCUGCCACCACUAGUGCCAAGUCCAGGAUGACUCCCGUGCCCGGCUCGCCCGCCCCCUUCAGCGCUGCCUCGGCUCUGCCACCCGGCUCCUACGCCUCUCUAGGCCGUGUGCGUACCAGGAGAACGAGUUCGGGGAGCGGCGUGAGUGCGAGUCCCUCUGUCAUAGACAGUAGGGGGAGGAGUCGAGCCAAAAUGGUGUCAGUGUCUCAACCUGGCAGUCGUUCUGGCUCCCCUGGUCGUCUCCUGAGCCAUACAUACGGCAGGAUCUCCAGGGCCACUGGAGGGACAACGCCAGCAGAAAGGAGGCCUAAAGUCCCCCGCAGCCAUGGCUGCAGCCGAGACACCAGUCCAGACAGAUCAGGCCUGGAGCGUCUAGGUCUGGCCCACCAGGCCCGUAUCUCAGCUUCUGUCAACGCCAUGAGGAUCCUCAACACUGGGACCGAGGUGGAGGCAGCUGUAGCCGACGCCCUGUUACUAGGAGACGCCAGGAACAACAAGCGGCGGCCAGUCAGACGGCGGUACGAGUCCCCGGGGAUCUACUCAGACGACGACGCUAACAGCGACGCCAGCAGCGCCUGCUCUGAGCUCUCGUAUGGCUCGCGGAACGGCGGCCCGCCCCACUACAUGAGACAGACGGAGGACGUGGCCGAGGUGCUGAACCACUGUGCCAGUUCCAACUGGUCUGAGAGGAAGGAGGGGCUGCUGGGACUACAGAACCUGCUCGUUAGCCAGAGAAUUCUCAGUCGUGUGGAGCUGAAGAGAUUGUGUGAGAUCUUCACAAGGAUGUUUGCUGACCCACACAGCAAGCGAGUGUUCAGCAUGUUUCUGGAGACCCUGGUAGACUUCAUCACCCUGCACAGAGAGGACGUGCAGGACUGGCUGUUUGUCCUGCUCACCCAGCUGCUGAAGAAGAUGGGAGCUGACCUCCUGGGUUCCGUACAGGCCAAGGUCCAGAAGGCUCUGGACGUCACCAGGGACUCGUUCCCGUUGGACCAGCAGUUUAACAUCCUGAUGCGUUUCAUCGUCGACCAGACCCAGACCCCCAACCUGAAGGUCAAGGUGGCCAUCCUGAGGUACAUUGAGGGCCUGGCCCGUCAAAUGGACCCCGCAGACUUUGUCAACUCCAGCGAGACACGCCUGGCCGUCUCCCGCAUCAUCACCUGGACCACGGAACCAAAGAGCUCCGACGUCCGGAAGGCGGCUCAGGUGGUUCUGAUCGCCUUGUUUGAGCUGAACACCCCAGAGUUCACCAUGCUGCUGGGGGCCCUGCCCAAGACCUUCCAGGACGGAGCCACUAAACUGCUGCAUAGCCACCUGCGGAACUCCAGCAACACCAGAGAGGCUUCUCCCAGUAGCACCAUGGGACGGACUCCUCCCCCACCUCGCCACCCCAGCAGUCGCAGCAGCCCCCUCACCUCUCCCACCAACUGCUCCCAUGGGGGGGGGCUCUCUCCCAGCCGGCUAUGGGGUUGGAGUGCUGAUGGCCUGUCAAAGUACCCUCCUCCCUUCCCUUCUCCUCUCUCCUCCACCCCUGCUGCACCCUCCCUCAAGACCCUACGAAGUGCUUACUCUCCCAGCAUGUUGGAGUACGACACAGAGAACCUGAACACCGAUCAGAUCUAUAGCUCCCUGCGAGGCGUCACUGAGGCCAUCCAGAACUUCAGCUUCCGCAGUCAGGAGGACCUCAUGGAGCCAGGCAGAGGCAAGAGAGAGGACACGCCGGGUGUUGGAACAGCAUCACACUCUGGUGUUGAUGUGGUGGAGGGGCCCGGGGGUCGCACGGCCCUGGACAACAAGACCUCCCUACUCAACACCCCCUCCCCCCGUUCCUUCUCCGGCCCCCGGGGCCGCGACUACAACCCCUACAACUACUCUGACACCAUCAGCGCCUACGACAAGGCUGCCCUGAGAGAGACGGUGUACGAGGACGACGUGGAGCAGCUUCGAGAUGGCCGCCAAGAGUGUGGUGGAGAAAACAAGAUGCUGCACACCAAGAACAGUUCCCCUGCGGAGCAGCUGGGAUUGGUGGCUGAGCUGCUGAAGGAGCUGUCUAGCCCCAGUGAGAGGCCAGAGGAGAGGAGGGGAGCCCUGGUGGAGCUGCUGAAGAUAGCCCGGGAGGACAGCCUGGCCGUGUGGGAGGAACACUUCAAAACCAUGCUGCUCCUGCUGCUGGAGACUCUGUCAGACCAAGAUCACACCAUCCGGGCACUGGCGCUACGAGUGCUGAAGGAGAUCUUACGCAACCAGCCGGCCCGCUUCAAGAACUACGCAGAACUCACCAUCAUGAAGACCCUGGAGCUACACAAAGACUCCCAUAAAGAGGUUGUGCGGGCAGCAGAGGAGUCAGCCUCCACCCUGGCCGGCUCCAUCCACCCAGAACAGUGUAUCAAGGUGCUGUGUCCCAUCGUGCAGACGGCUGACUACCCCAUCAACCUGGCUUCCAUCAAGAUGCAGACCAAGGUGAUAGAACGCAUCACCAAGGAGUCCCUCCACCAGCUGCUGCCUGACAUCAUACCAGGACUACUGCAGGGGUAUGACAACACAGAGAGCAGUGUGAGGAAGGCCAGUGUGUUCUGUCUGGUGGCUGUCUACUCUGUCAUCGGUGAAGAGUUGAAGCCCUACCUGGCCCAGCUCACAGGAAGCAAGAUGAAGCUGCUGAACCUGUACAUAAAGAGAGCCCAGACGUCCACCAGCAACAGCAGCAGCUCCUCAGACAUCUCCUCAUACUAAUGAACAUGGCCCUCCGGCUCCAUCCGUGUGUGUGCAGGUACAUACAGUACAGGGUUGUGUUCAUAGGGCACCAAACGGUGCAAAACAGACUGAAACAGGAAUGGACUACGUGGACUACUGGUCCAAUCAGAAACACUAAUUGUAUUAUAUUUUUACCGUUUUGAAAUAUUUUCCAUGGCGUGCCCUAAUGAACGCGACCCAGAUAGGGAAACAGUUGUGCCUCAAUCUUUCUUUCCAGACCUCCUUGUAGUUUUAAUGUAUUAUAAUAAAGGCUGUAGGCUGUUCCUUGUUGGGAAACCCUAUGCCUGUCGCAAUCAACAUUUUAUUUCCUUCUGUUUUGUCGUCUUGUAAAUACUUUAAUUCCACAUUUUAUUAAGAUUUGAAUGCAACACUACUUCAUACCUAGUCAAAUGAAUGUAAAGAGCUUUGAAGGAAACCUGAGUCCUUUAUAAACCGUCUGAAAGGUUUUAAUGUUGAUGGAAGCAGAGUGUCGCUCUGUACACGACCGCCUCAUUGCCUCUAGUGUUCCUUCUCGCAAUGGAUAGAUAGGCUUAUUUGGAAACGUGUUUGGUUAUUUGUAAAGGGGCAGUUUAAAAAUUUCGAUUUCGAUAGUAAUUGUUCCAUAGUAUUUGGCGUCUGAAGAAUUUGUUCUUGGUGGUGACGCUAUGUUUUUAAGCCUGUAUUUAAAGAAUAUUCCUUGUAGAAUUUCUCAGUUAGUGAGAAUCUAAAAAUGUUCAUUUCCAUUAGUGGGAGAAGAUCAUUUGGCUGGCCAAUGAUUAGUACAUGCAGUGAAAAGCUGUGUUGAAUAAGCCUCUGUUAACUGCCUAUGUGUGUAACACCUGUGUUUCGACUGUGUGGUUUGGGCCCCAACAACUGGUGAAGGAAUAUUUUCAAUUUUCGCAAGGAUUACAUUAUCACCCUUCAUAUGUUAUUAUGAAAGGGGAGUUAUUGGUUGAGUUGGUAGAGGUUUGAGUCUGCUGUUUUUUGUGCUUUAACAUUCGGGCACGUUGUAAUGAGUCAAAACUACUGGGAUCUGAAGUAUUCUUGCAAUGUAAAACCCCAAUGAAGAGUCCUAGAAUUUUCAAAUGUGAACUAUUUUGUCUAAAAAUAAAAUAUGGGCAAUACCUAUUUGUCAUAUAGUAUGAAGACCUUGACAAUCUGACAUAUUAGUCGAUAAUCUAAGGACAUUGUAAGUGCCAGUGCUCAACAAAAAACUUUACCAUUUUAAAGACAUAAGAGGCAACAAAAUAAAGAGAUAAGAAGUUUUUUUCCUUUUUAAUUGAAUCCAGCAAUAAUGAAUUAGUAACAAAAAAUCCAACUACUUGGAUGAACUUUUUUGUCAAAGCACUGUAAAUGACCAUUGUAAGUUAACCGUCCUUGUUUGAAAUGUAUAGAUGCCAUUUUUUAGCGCUCCUAUGAAAUGUUACUGCUGCUUUAGAAAUAAUAAUCAUGGCGUUAAACCUAAUGUAUUUUACUCUCCUUAUUAUGAAUGUUAAAGGUACAGUUUCGGUUAGAACUACAAUUCAGAGUUUGGGUCAAUUCCAUUUCAAUUCAACCCAUUCAGAAAUUCCAUUUCCCAAUUUUCCUCAAUGCUUGUCUAUGGGGAUAAAAAUGAAAUUGGAAUUUCAGUUUACUUCCUGAUUUGAUUGAAGUGAAUUGAGCCCAACCCUGUUAAUUAAAAGUCAAGAUAAGUGUGGCGUGUUACUGAGAACACUAUCGGGCCUUACUGUUUCUGUAGUACAGUUUCACUACAUUGACUCUUAAAAUGUACUGUAACAGUGCACAAUAAUUCUUUUUUUCUCAAAUGUGAGAACUCUUAGCAAUUUUAUCAGCUAUGGACUGGAUGGAACAUUGGCUAUGACCAAGUCCAAAAUGUUGUCAAGUACAAACACAGUAUUUCUUUUGUUAGACCUGCCUGUUGCAAUUGAAUCAAAAAUGAAACUCAAAAUUAGUGUUUUGUACAGUACUUUUAAUCAUUGAUUCACAAACUUGUUAUAAAAAGAGAGUCAGAGAGAGACCUCAUUUGCAUGCGAGGGAACUUGCAAUAUUAUACCCAGCAACCUCAAUGAUUAACUAACAUUGCCAACUCUGACUUUAUGUUGAAGAAACGUUGCUUCUAAUCUAUGAAUGUCUGGUCAGCUUGUAUUAUAUAACACACACACACACACACACACACACACACACACACACACACACACACACACACACACACACACACACACACUAUUGAUAUCCAUCACAGCUACCAAGCUAGGGCUGAUUUAACAGACCAAACAUUGUAUACUAUACUGUAACUGUAUGCUGUGUGCACACAUUGGCCUGUAUCAAAAACCAAACCCUAUUAUCUUCAAGCCAUGUAUCUUGAGCGUGUAUUUGCUUGUGCCUUGUUUUUUUACAGUACACCUGGCAAUAUUAAUCCAUACCAAUAGCUUCUGAAUACUGCUUUUGAAUUGUUCUUUUUGCCCCCAUUUUGAAAUACUGUAUUAUAUGUCAUGAAUUAUACAGGAAAUGUGUUGCGUUGAAGACCAAGGUUAUGUCCCAAGUGGCACCCUAUUCCCUACCCAGUGCCCUACGUUUGACCAGAGCCUUAUGGGACCCGGUCAAAAGUAGUGCCCUAUAUAGGGCAAUAGGUUCCAUUUGGGAUGCAUCCCAAGGCUGCUGUAAAUAAAGCCAAUAGUUUAAUGGCAGUAUUUUCCACAGAUGUAAUAUUGGCUUGGCUGUUCUAUUCCUUGUGAACCACUUACAAUGCAUGCUUCUUUUGUUUAGCUUCAGUCAUUGUUUUAUCCCUCCCGUACCUAUAUUUAUAUGCCGUCUGUUAUAUUUUCUGUGUAUUAUGACAACUGUACAUAUUUCAUGUUUUGUUCACUUCUUUCUCCCGUGAUAGAAUUUGUUGAAAUUUAAACUUGAAAUAAACCAACUUCAGUCCCUGUCCGAA